AUGUCUUGGGCAAGGGGUGCCGUCAGCUCCUCCCGCCUUCCGGCACAGCAAUUCCUUCGCUUCGCGCAAACCAAGCCUGCUCAGGCUCGCAUAGUUCGACCAUGGCAAGCUGCUCGCGCGCUGCACCGCCAGAGCUCGCGCAAGGCUCAACCGCAGGCUUCUGUUAAGCCUGACCCCGAGACCUCGGAUGCGACAAACCCGGCCUUGGCUUUCCCUUGCCUCGACGCCGUAGAAACGAGAUCUGCGUCGCUGCAGAAGCGCUCGCUGCUUGGUCCUGAGCCCACCUAUACGACGGGCCACCACUUGAACUACCGGUCCCAGGAGCCUAUGUUGUGCGAUUGGGGUGGAAUCCUUCCGGAGGUUAACAUUGCGUAUGAGGCAUGGGGAAACUUGAAUUCGGAGAAAAGCAAUGCUAUUCUCUUGCAUACGGGGCUUUCGGCUUCUAGUCAUGCUAAAAGCACGGAAGCCAACCCCAAGCCAGGUUGGUGGGAGAAAUUUAUUGGCCCGGGAAAACCAUUGGAUACGAACAAAUACUUCAUCAUCUGCACCAAUGUCGUCGGAAGUUGUUUUGGUUCAACCGGCCCUUCCUCAGUCGACCCCAGGAAUGGCCAGCGAUACGCCACUACGUUCCCUAUUCUGACGAUGGAAGACAUGGAACGCGCUCAGUUCAGAUUGCUUGACCAUUUGGGCAUUGAGAAGUUGUACGCAAGUGUAGGGUCCAGCAUGGGCGGUAUGCUGAGUCUGGCAGCUGGAGUGCUUUUCCCAGAGCGCGUCAGCCGCAUUGUAACCAUCAGCGGUUGUGCGCGCAGCCAUCCAUACAGCAUUGCAAUGCGCCACACGCAAAGACAAGUUUUGAUGAAUGACCCGAACUGGCAGCGUGGACACUACUAUGACGGAAUACCGCCCCAUGCUGGCAUGAAAAUGGCUCGCCAAAUUGCGACAGUCACAUACCGCAGUGGACCUGAGUGGGAGCAGCGCUUCGGUAGGAGACGGGCUGAUCCGUCCAGGCCACCGGCUCUUUGCCCUGACUUCCUCAUUGAGACAUAUUUGGACCAUGCUGGCGAAAAGUGGUGUCUGGAGUACGAUGCCAAUAGUUUGCUUUACGUCUCGAAGGCCAUGGACUUGUUCGAUCUCGGCUUGGAACACCGCACGAGAAUUAACAGUGUCAGGGCACAGAACCAGGGCAAGCUUGCAGCUUUCAAGGCUGGCGACAAGGAUGCCCAAAACACGACGAGUGCCGACGCAUGCAACUUGACGCUCCCAGAACAGCCGUAUGAAGAACAAGACCAAUCCAGCAACACGGUGGCAUCUCCGACGAAUAGCCUUUCCUCAUCCAACUCACAAGAACCCCCCGCGGACCUCGUGGCAGGCAUGAAGCAAUUGUCACAAACCCCUACUCUGGUGCUCGGUGUAGCGAGCGAUAUCCUGUUCCCGGCUUGGCAACAACGGGAGAUCGCAGACACUCUGCGCCGGACGGGCAACAGGAAUGUCACACACGUUGAGUUGGGAGAGGAAAAGAGCAUGUUCGGUCACGAUACGUUCCUUCUCGAUCUGGAACAUGUGGGAGGAGCCGUAAAAGACUUUUUGGGUUGA